UUUUUUUACAAUUGGAUUUUCUAAUGUUGGUUUUUCUUUUUAUUAGAAAUGGAAAUCUCAGGAAAUAGCAAACAGAGAGCCAUGGAAGAUGUAAUUAGUAACUUGCCAACGGAUGUUUUAAACUGCAUCCUAGAUUGCUUGCCUGCUCGAGAUGCAGCAAGAACAAGUAUUUUGUGUAGAAAAUGGAGAUACAUAUGGGCUGGUCAUCCAAAUCUUGUACUUGAUCCCAAGAAUAUAGUCACUGUCACCAAAAAUGAUUUUGUUGGAAUAGGAAAUCGAAUUCUCUUACAGCAUAUUGGGCCCAUUCUAAGUUUUGAUGUCAACCUUUCAGAUGUGCACAUGUCACAGUACCCAAACAUUGAUCCAUGGAUACUAUACUUGUCAAGAAAUGGAUUAAGGGCACUCACAGUGGAGAAUUCCAGUUAUGAUCUCUAUGCACUUCCCUCUUAUGUAUUCUUGUGUCAAGAACUUACGUAUCUGGAUCUGACUAACUGUAUCUUCAAACAACCAUGUGGUACUAUAAGAAGCUUUCAAAAUCUUAAGGAGCUUUUUAUGUAUCAAGUUGCUUUCAAGCCAGAGGUUUCUGCUUCUAUCUUUGCUGCAUCAAAGCUUGAACAUUUGAGGCUUGUAAACUGCAGUGGUAUGGAUCACUUGAACUUUGAUGGCUGUUCACCAUCACUUUUGCGCUUGGAACUUAUCAUGAAUCAUAGGUCUUAG